GUUAUGUCAUACACCUUUCUUUCUUUAUUUUCUUUCUCCAUGGCACAACAAGAACAAUCAUUCAAAGUUAUUGAAGUUUGCAAUAUUGAACCAUUUCAUGAACCUUCUCAAUCACCAACCUCACUUCCCUUAACUUUCUUUGAUCUUCUAUGGUUAAGAUUUCCACCUGUUCAACGUCUCUUCUUCUAUGAACUCACAAACUCACCCUCUUUUUUCUAUGAAACUCUUGUUCCAAAUCUCAAAAACUCACUUUCACUCACACUUCAACUUUUUCUCCCUCUAUCAGGCCACAUAGUUUGGCCUAUUGAUUCAUCAAAACCAAUCAUAAACUAUGUUCGCGGCGAUUCUGUUUCCUUUACCGUUGUUGAGUCCAAAGAAAGUUUCGAAGAUCUUUCUUCAAAUCAUUGUGAAGCUUCAAAGAGACAUCACUUGAUACCUCUUUUGAAAACUUCACAUGAAAAAGCUUCUUUGGUUUCAAUUCAAGUCACUUUGUUUCCAAACAAUGGUUUUUGCAUUGGAAUAACCACACACCAUGCUGCUUUUGAUGGAAAAUCUUCAACCACUUUUAUGAAAUCAUGGUCUUAUAUUACAUGUUCUAACCCUAACCUUGAAAAUCUAACACCUUGUUUUGAUAGAUCAGUGAUAGAAGAUCAUUAUAAUGGAAUCAGUGAAGCAUAUGUUGAUGUUUUGAUGAACCAUCAUGGACCAAAUAAUAAAAAUCUCAAGGUUUGGGAAUUUACUGAUGGGUUGAAAAAUGAUGCAGUUAAAAGCUUAUUUGAAUUGUCACCUUCAAAUAUUCAAAAGCUUAAGAACCAUGCAAAAAGUGAGAUGAAAAUGAAAGUUAUAAAUCUGUCAACUUUUUCAGUUACAUGUGCUUAUGUGAUAUCAUGUUUAGCAAAAGCAGAAGAACCAAAGGAUGAAAAGGUGAGUUUCAUAUUUAGUGUGGAUUGUAGAACAAGAUUGGAACAUUCAAUUUCUUCUAUGUAUUUUGGUAAUUGUGUUGUAGGACAUAUCAUUAAGCUUGAGACAAAGAAGUUAAUGGGAAGAGAUGGAUUUUUAAGUGCUUUAGAAGGGAUUAAUGAAGGUUUGAAUAAGGUGAAAAAUGGAGUGUUAGAUGGGGCUGAAAACUGGGUGCAUGAUAUGUUAAACCCUGAGGACAUUUUUAAACUGUAUUCUACUGGAGGAUCACCAAGGUUUGAAGUUUAUGAUAUUGAUUUUGGAUUUGGAAAGCCAAAGAAAGUUGAUAUGGCUUCAACGGAUAAAACAGGUGCAUUUUCUCUUAGUGAAAGUAAGAAUCAUAAUGGUGGAAUUGAAAUUGGUUUGGCUUUGAACAAGCAUGAGAUGGAAGCUUUUUCAACCCUUUUUGUGCAAGGACUUGAGGCCAUUUAAAGUUUCAAAAUUGGAUUAACAAAAGUUGAAGUAUUUGAUUCAAUAUUUAGAUCAAAUAAAUCAAUUUUUUAACCCAAACGUCUGUUAUAAAAAAAUGGAGUGUUAUUUUCUUUUUGUUGUAUGAAUAAUAAUGUAUGCAUCUAGUUACUCUGCCAAAAUACCUUUUGGAAUGUGUAUUUUAUGUGUUGAUUCUAAUUUGUCAGUGUAAUUUUGGGACCAGGAGUUCCUGUAGUCACUUUGAUUGUGAUCUUUAGAUUGAAUUGUGAUGGUCUAAAUUUAAAGAUCGAAAAUUAAAUAAAAGAUAAUGUAAAUUGAUAAUCAAAAUGGAUGGUUGAGAUACUAAUUGAGGGAAUCUAUUUCCCUAAUUUUGGAAUAA